AGAAAUUAUCUGUGAUGGCAGACGCAAAGCAAGGUAUGAAUUAUAAAUUUUCUACUUUUCUUUCUAGUUAUUCACGUUUUCAGGUACUUAUUUUUACAAAAAAUCACGGUAUUGCUUGCUUAAAUAACUAAUUUAUGUAAACUCGAUAUAUGCGCGCUCAUUGUUAGCCAACAAGCUGUUCAUGCAGCAGCAUUGUCAACGUAAUUUUUUUGCUUUGGCAAAUCACCCAUGGAGGAUUACUGCAAUGGAUCAUCCCAGUCUCGGGUCGUACUAGCUAAACCCAGGCUAGGUGGUUUUGGCUCUUCUAGUUUUCCAUCCAGUUCUAACAAAAGUUGCAAUCCAUUUGGUUCAGUGUUGCGUCCACCACAGUUAAAAGCUACAACUAAUCCAUUUCUAAAAGUAACAGAGACUUUUGAAGCUGAAAGUGAAAAGGAGAAAAGUAAAGAAAAGAGUGAUGGUGAAACAGAAGAAAAAACUGAGGAUAGGCUAAAAGAUAAUAAGGAUAAAGAUGAAUCUGAGGCUCCAAAAUUCAUACCACUGGGUUCUGCAAAUGUCACACCGAGAACAAAUAAUCCAGUUACAGCUCCAGCUCAACCGGCUUCUAGCUCAGCUGGUUUUGUGUUUGGACAGAAUUUAAGUGAGAGAGUUGUAUUGAAUGAGAAUGUCAACAACGGUGAGGCGUCUGCAGUUGAUCAUAGCUCCACAAAUGGAGCCACAGAGCUGCUAUUCACAACCGCUGUGGCAUCAGCUAAGGAGAACAACCAGCAACAAGAGGAGCCAGGACCAAGUGAAGCAAGCAGUAGUUCGGAGAGCUCCAGUCUGGCCGCGGCCGCAGCUGAAUACGAGCGAUCGCACGCGCGUCCGCCCCCACCAACCACUAACUAUACCACGACAGGGGAAGAGGGAGAGACCAAUGUACUGCAGAUCUCGUGCCGAUUUUUCGCUUGGGAGACGGGCAGUUGGAGGGAACGUGGGCGAGGCGUGCUGCGGUUAAACGACGCUUCUACAGGCGGGUCGCGGCUAGUCGCCAGAGUAGCGGGGUCAUUACGGGUCGUGCUCAAUACUAAACUGUGGCCCGCUAUGGUAGUGGAACGGGCCGGCACCAAGUCUUUGAGGAUCACCGCCUCAGACGCCCAGCAGCAGGUCAAGCUGUUCCUCAUCAUGGGCGCUCCGUCGGACAUCCACCAGUUGUAUAGAGCUCUUACGACGCGACUCAGCGUUAACAAACGGUCUAGAGAAUGCGCUCAGAACUCCACGUCGCAGCAAGCAGCUGAGAGAUUGGAGGCCACCGCUGACGUUAGCGAAUACGAGGAUAAAGGCGAUGCGGACUUAUACGACAACUCUCAACCAACCAACGAUAGACUCGAAGAUUCACCACGAGACGAAACUGACUCGAUAGAAGUAGCUGAUGAACAAAAAGGGGACGCCAAGUCUCUCAAGAGGAAAGAACCAGCUGUCGAUGAAACCUCCCCUAAGAGACAGUGCCCCGACGUCAUAAAAGAGUGAUAAACUUAUAUAUUUGACGCAGUGAAGUGUUUAAACAUGGACACGGUUCAUUCGGAACUCUUUAUUCUGAAUAUAAUGUAUCUAAGGAGAUCUGUAGAGGAUAUUUAUGAUUAAAUUAUAGACUUAAAUGAGAAAUUUUGAUUGUUGUUAAUGGAGUGUCCAUUUCUGAUAAUAAUGUCACGACCAACUCUAUUUGAAAAAUCUAAGAUGUUUAUGUAGAACAUCUACUAACUAAUUUGGCUUGUAAAGUUUCAGAUUUCACAUUCCACUGUAUCAAAUGCAUAUUCGGCCUGAGCUGAAUACCAAAUAAAACGGAUGUAUGGAAUGGAAUUAUUUCUGAUAGACAAAUAAAUAAUUUUACAUUAUGCUAAUGUAUCAUUGAGAUUUAACUCGGUAAUCCUUUUGCAAAUAAUAGUGGUAUUAAUGAGAG